AUGGCAUCCUCGAUUCCAACAAAACAGCAAGCGGCAGAUGCCCUCCAUAUAGUCCUGCCCGGCGCCAUUCUGACCUUUGGCGCCGGAAGCCGAAAGGACAAGCGGACGCCGAACAAUGGAAAGACUCCGUACUUGCGCCGCCCAUACUCCGUCCCCGUCAGAGAUGCUGGUCCAUGCCUCUCCCUGCCUAUCACGGGCAUUCACAGAUCCAAAUGCGUCCAUGCCGGCGAUGUGGCCCUGGCGUUGCCGGUGGGAUACGUUUGA